AUGUCAAAACAAACUCCUAGUGAACCCGCCAGUACAACCACUACUACCAAUGAGAAGCUAUCGCCUGUGAUAUUCUGCAUUGGUAUGGCUGGAUCAGGUAAAACUACCUUCAUGCAAAGAUUAAACGCAUAUUUACAUCAAAAGAAACAAAUCCCAUAUGUCAUCAACUUAGAUCCAGCCGUAUUGAAGGUUCCAUUUGGAUGUAAUAUAGAUAUAAGAGAUUCAAUCAAGUAUAAGAAAGUAAUGGAAGAAUAUAAUUUGGGACCUAAUGGUGCAAUUGUAACAUCACUAAACUUAUUUAGUACCAAAAUUGAUCAAGUUAUAAAAUUAGUUGAUAAAAAGCAAGAUAAAAUUAAAGAAGUAAUAAUAGAUACUCCCGGCCAAAUUGAAUGUUUUAUAUGGAGUGCAAGUGGGUCUAUAAUAACAGAAGCAUUUGCAUCAACUUAUCCAACAAUGAUUGCUUAUAUAGUUGAUACUCCUAGAAAUACAAAUCCAACUACAUUCAUGUCAAACAUGUUAUAUGCUUGUUCAAUACUAUAUAAAACUAAAUUGCCAAUGAUUGUAGUGUUUAAUAAAACCGAUAUUCAAAGUUGCGAAUUUGCAAAAGAAUGGAUGUCUGAUUUUGAAUCAUUUCAAGAAGCAAUUAGAGUGAAUCAAGAAUUAAACAAUGAAUCUUCAAGUGGAUAUAUGGCGUCAUUGGUCAAUUCGAUGUCGUUGAUGUUAGAAGAGUUUUAUCAAAAUUUGGAUGUGGUUGGAGUUAGUUCAUACACUGGUCAAGGUUUUGAAGAAUUUUUGAAUGCAGUAGAUAAUAAAGUUGACGAAUAUAAUGAAUAUUAUAAAACAGAAAGAGAUAGAAUAUUGAAAAAGAAAGAAGAAGAUGAGAAAAAAAGACAAACCAAAAACUUAAGCAAAUUGAUGAAAGAUAUGGAUAUGAAUAGUAAAAAGAAGACAGCUCAAGAUAGUGAAGUUUUAUCAGAUUAUGAAACGGAUGAUAAUAUUGAUGAAGAUUUGCAAGGAGAAGUUUAUCCCGAUGAUGAAGAGGAAGGAUUGGGUCUUCCUUCAAGAGAAUAUACUUUCCCCGAAGAUAGGUCAAGUGAAUUGAAUGAAUCGACUGAUGCUGAUUUGAAAGAAAGAUAUAAAAAGGCACUAGAAGAUAAAAGUCAGCCUAUAUCUUCACAAACAGCAGAGAACAUUGCCCGUUAUAUAAAUAGAAGUCAGUAA